AUGAGACGAAGAUUCGGUCUCGCUUUUUUGCUAAUUUUUUUGAUUGCUAAAGGUGAGCAUUUUUGGAGGGGUUGGCUGAGAGAAUUUUGAAUUAUCAAAAAGUUGUACGCUAGUUUUUCAAAGUUACAAAAAUGCUCCAUGAGCCGAAGUAAAUGCACGGGACAAAAAUUUAAAUCUAGUCCUCCUUUUUUGUUUUGAGUUUUAGCGUUUUUUUUCUUGGGCUGAUGGAACUCUUUGUGAUUUUUUAGAGUAAAAACUAGUGUAUUUAGGUGAUAAAAUAUCCUUUCACACAUACAAAAUUCAUAAUCCGGAAUUCCGGGUCAAAAAUGUUUCUACAAGCCAAUUUUCAGAGAAAAAUUUUUCAAUAAUUCUAAUUUUUCGUGGUUUUUAAGCAAUUUCACGGCGAAAAUUUGCUUUCAGGAUGAGUCAAAAUUCCAAAAUUUUGAGAUUUCAGAAAAAACUCUGAAAUUUUUUUCGGAAAUUGGUCUCACUUAACCCCAAAAUUAUAUAUAACACUCAAAAAUUAUUCUGAAAAAUAUGUAUAGAUUUUAAAAUCUCGAAAUGAGAAUCAAAUUUUUCACUGAAAAAAAUUUCCAAAAAAAAACUCGGAUAAUUUACAUCUUACGCACCAGCUGAUUUGAUUGAUGUUAUAAUUGGGUGAAAGUGAGAAAAAAAACUAUGCUUGUUUGUUGCAAAAAGUGCGAGUUUUUUGGGGAAAAAAAUUUAGAUACAAUUAUUUUUUUUUGAAACGUGAACUCUGAUUAUUUCCACGUACAAGAUAAUUUAUUUACGAAAAAAAAGCAUUUUUCAAAAAAGAGAUGCCAGAAAACUGUGAGUUUUGAGAAAUUAAACAUAUGAAAACUUUCUCCAAAUUCUGAUUUUUCUGCAUUAUAAAUCCGAAAUUUUCUUGCAGAAAUAUCAUGUAUUGACUGGUCAUCGAUCGAAACACCUCCACAAUUUGUGCACAACCAAAACUCGGAUCGAGUAUUUUUCAAAGUCGAAAAAAAUGGUGUGGCUGACGAAUCGAAAAACACACCAGGAAAUCUAUUAGAACAAACGAUUCGAUGUCUGGCACGCGGAAAUCCGCGACCAUCAUAUCGAUGGAAAAAAGAUGGAAAACCAUUUGAUCCUGGAAUGUUUCCUGAAAAAGUUGUUCAAAAACCAGGUGAAGGCAGCUUGGUUUUUUCGCGACUUGAUGAAGCGGAUGCUGGAGUUUAUCAAUGUGAAGCAUCGAAUACAAAUGGAACGGCUGUUGAUCGAUCUGUUAGGAUUCAAGAAACUUGUGAGUUUUUUGAAGAGGAGAUUUUUGAGAAACAUUCGAAGAUCCAGUUUGAAAACUUGAAAUAAAAAAUUCAAAUAAAAAUAGACAUUUUUCAAAAGAAUAGCUUUUAAAUUUUAUUAGAAUGAAACAAAUUUGAUCAUAAUUCAAUGUAAACCUUUUUCAAAAUGAAUGAAAAUUUGAAAAAAAGAAAAAGAAUCUGUAAAAAUUGAUUGAUUUUUUUCAAUCAGAACGAUUCAAAUUGGGGUUUCUUUUUUCAUGCAAAAAAUCUGGGAUUUCACGAUCUCGAAAAUUUGAUAGAUUUCGAUAUUUCUAAUCUUCGAAUACGAAUUUCAGAUUAAAAUUAACAAAAAAUCCUAAUUUUUAAAAGAAAAUAACAAUAUAAUUAUUUUGUGUCAAAAAAUCAGAUAAAAAAUUGCCAAAAAUGCUUUUUCCAGGGAUUCGACACUUCUCAGUAGUUGAACCAGAAAUUGUUGUAGUCGAAAUUGGAGAUCCAUAUCAUCGAAAUUGCACACCACCAGCCAGUAAUCCAAAUGCGAGGUUCGUUUUUUCUCGAAUUCUGAAAAUAUUGAAAAUGAAAAAACUGUUUUUUUUUCAAAAUUUAAAACGUGAACUUUUUGGAAUUUUUUUAUUUCUUGAAAAAUAUCCUGAAAUUUUGAACUGUCAAACAAAACAUGUUUUAUGGAAAUGAUAUACUUUGAGGUAUGAAAAACAAUUUUCUACCCAGACUUUCUGAAAGUAAUACAAUUUUAUAAAUUUUGUUUGGUAGUAUUUUUACCUCAAAAAUCUAUUGAAAAUCGUUUUUUUUCAGAGUAUAUUGGAUAUUGAUGGGAAAAGAGCCGGGUCAUUUCGAAACAAUUAGUAGCAGUCAUAUAUCAUCAAAUGAACAAGUUAGUUUAAUUUUUUUCUAUUUUUAGGAAGUCGGAAAUCCUCGUAACACCAGAAUCGAUAUUCCAAAAACAAUGGUUUUUAGGAAAAAUAUUGGGACUGUAAUUAAUCAGAAAAUUUUAUUUAUUUCAAACGAAGCCGAAAAAUCCUCCCACUUUUUGAAAAUUGUUCGUUUCGGACUUCGAAAUUUGAAAAUGAGUUGCGAUAAAUCGGACCUAGUUGAACCCCCCGUCAAAAUUUGCCAAGAACAAAACUCCAUAUUUUUAUUACUCACUAGUCUUUUAUAGUGACCUUAUAAAUAACAAAAAACCUUCUGGUGGUAAUAAUAAGUUUGGUUUUUUUAUUGCCAGCUUUCUUCUAUAGGAAAAAAUAUAUAAACAAUUGUGUUAGGAUAUACAAAGUUGUUUGCCUUUCUCAACAUGUGUUUUUCCUUUCCGACCGGAGCAAAAAAAGGUUCCAGAAAUUUUUUGCAGCGAAAUUGAACACUUUUUGAAAUGAGGAUUUUUUGAGAAAUGCACUUGUGACAAUUUCGCAUUUGCUGCUGCUAUUUAAUCCUCGUUCUUCUUCUUCUUCUUCUUAUUCUCAUUUUCUUUCUUUGGUCGUUAAUUGCUCUGGACAUAUUAAGACACUUGAAAAUGAAGAGGAAAAUGAAAAUGAGAUGAAAUUUGAAAGCCCCAUGAAAAUAUUGUAACUUGUUUUUUUUUCAUUGAAAAAAGUUAUAUAAUAUUGGAUUAUGUUUUCGCCAUUUUCAAAGCCAUGAAUCAAUCGGUGAAAUCAAAUAGUAAAAGAGAGGAAGUGUAUGUCAUUAUUAUUAUUAUGAUGUAGGCGAGAUUUAGUCAGGUGUCAUAAUGGGGUUUUUGGCCCCCGGAAUUGGAAGGUGUAAUUAGGGCGGACCUUUUUUGGUUUGGAACGAGGAAAACAGGAAGAAGUUUUUGGUGUGGAGAUUUGAACUAUCUGGAUAAAAUUAGGCUUCUAGUUUUCAAAAAACGAGGAAUUUGGAAUCUUUACCUGUGUUAAUUGGUUUUUAAAACUUUUCAAAUUCUUGGUUUUUUCGAAUUUGAGCUUCGUAUAUCUCAAAUUUUUCAAACUUCCGAACACUUCGUGGAAACGUGCUGUGCUCUUGGGUUUGAGCUCAACUCGCGUGAGUUCAACCAUUUAAAUUCAGCCUUGUAGAAUUCUAGACUUCUAGGCUUAGGCUUAGGCUUCUCUACUCACACUGAUAGCCCGAUGUUCUAUUUAAUAAGCUCCAAACACCUCGAACAUUUGAACUGAACAUUGAAGUAUUUGAGAAACUGGAUUUUUCUCGAAUUGGAAUAAUUCUAACCUCACUUUUUGUUCGCCAUUAGGCUUUCCCGAAUUUAAUUGGAUGUUCGAUUUUCGUAUUUCAAAAUUUCACCUAAAUCCCAAAUCUCAAACCAGAAGUUCCAUAUUUUGAGCAAGAUAACCAGUUCUUUAAUUUAAUUUCGAACCAAAUAUAAAAAACCACCCAAAUUAUCAGCGGUUCCUUUAAUCAACUAAUUGCAAACUAGUUGUAAUCGAUCAUUCAAAUUGUUUCUAUUAAUGAAAGUUCAUGUUGUAAAUAAAAUAAACAUGAUGAAUUGUUAGAAUUUCGCUAUACUUUUUUUUUGUUGUGAUUUUUUGUUGGUGUCUUAUCGAAAAAGAAUCUAGUCCAAAAUGUUGCAAAAAUGAAUAUAUCAGGCAUGCAGCUUUAGGUAAUUCCCUGAUGGUUUGUCCUUAUUUUUCUCAUCUCUUUUUUUUAUUCGACUGCCCGUUAUACUCGUCUUCUUCUCCUUCUUCUUCCGUCCCUCCAUCCCCUAUUUUUCCAUCUUUUUCGUCUUCUUUUGGGUCGAAACAACAACCAACACAAACAAAAAUGGGCGGAGCUUUCUUUCUUUUUUUUCGAGAUAGACUAGUAGUGUGUGCUGCCACACGCAUAAACAACACAAAAAUUGAAGAGAGACUAGAGAAAAAAUUCGUAUUUUUCUCUGCGAUUUCUCGUAUCUCGCCUCUUUUUUUCGUGUAUGUGAGAGAGAAACUGAGUGAAAAAAAUAAGUGUAGUAGUUUGAGCUAACAACCCACACUGAUUUUUUUUGUGGCGGUCCGAAAUUUGUGUGGUCCAGGUCCAUGAUAUUAUUCUCAUCUUCUUAGUAUUUUCUAAUUGGUUUUUUUUUGCCCUGAAAUUAUUUAUUUUCAAUUCAUUUUUUGGAAGCAAAAAUGGUGUUACGAGGAUUACUGGCAAUAAUAUGGAUUUCUAUAAUAUUGGUUAGUUUUUAUCAUUUUUUUUCUCUUUGUAGGGAACCCUAUUCUUUCACUAUGUUAAUGAAACGGAUUUAAAGUCGGAUCAAUACUACACGUGUACUGCUGAAAAUAUUGAGCUCAAGGAUUAUAAAUUUGGAAAUCAGUUUAGUUUGCAAAUCACGAAGAAUAAGAGGAGGAGUUGUGAGUUUUUUUUGAAUUUUUUAUCGGGAAAGGGGCUGGACUAGAACUAGAAAAAAGCUAAAUUCAAGACCCUAUUAAAAAUUUCUGCCAAAAAUGCGGCUGAAAACUGGCAAAUUCGUGAUUUUUGAAAUUUCAUUCAGAAAAUUAUAAAAUUGAGGAUUUAUUGAUAUUUUCACCUGAGUAACAAAAUUUUUUUCUGAAAAAAACAAGUUGAUUCAUGGUCUUCCAGACCUUUUCACGGUAUUUUGAAGUUUUAAUGAUUUUUCUGGAAAAAAAAACUUCGAAAAAGUUUAGAGCUCGAAUUUUUGAAUUUCGAUGUUUCAAAAAAAAGUUGAGGUUUUUUCUCCCACAAAAGGUCUUUCAAAAAUAUUUUUUCUCAUUUCUGUUUCGAAAAUCUCGAACCUUUUUCUUUAAAAAUUCCCAAAAUCUCCAACUUCUUUUUUGCAACAUUUCAUUGUUUCUCAAGUGUCGCAUCGCAUUAUAAAAAACGGUUGAAAUUUUGUUUGCAUAGCCUGUGUGUGGCAAACAUGAUAUACAUUAUAUUUAAAAUAAAACAGAAGAAACAAAAUGUAAACAAAUCAAAUUUUCCCCGAAUUUCAUGGCAUCGAAAAUUUUGAAACCUUCUCUUGGUCCCAAUAUAAGUUGAAAGAAGAACAAAAAAGGGCAAUCCAAUUUUCCUCCACGUUUUUUGUUGCUACUCCCGACUAUUUGCACUAACAAGAGUUUUUUUACUGGUUGCUGUCGGGGGCCAAUUAUUUGUUGUCUCCUAGUUUUUUUUCGAAAUCGAAAUCGAUUGAAAAGGCGUGUAAAAUUGGCAACACUGUCUCAUUUUUAUGGGAAAAAACAUUUUGUGAAAACAUUUUUGAGUAAGGUUGUUUUUGUUUUGUUUUGAUCGACCCUCGGGCAGCCGGCCGGAAAAAAGUGAGAGAUUUAGAGGUUGAAGAGGAAACGGAAUGUGUAAAUAAGUAUAUUAUAUAUUAGGAGAGAAAAAUGGAAGAGAGACAGAUAGGUAUAAUAAUUAUUAUUGUAUUUAGUAGUAUUUGAAAGGGUCUAUUCAAAUAGAAAAUUGUAUCGGAAAUUUGAUACACUUUGAGGUUUUUGGCCGAAUUGAAGUUUGAGCGAGAAAUUGGGGAAAAUUGGAUAUUUUUGGGAUUUUCAGCCAAUAUUUGAACUGACUUCCUUUUCGUACACAUUUUUUUUAUCGAAAAUCAAUUGGACCGCAGCAGGAUAGUGAAUCUAAAAUACGCUUGAAAUUUUCAUAUAUCAGCAAAAAAUCGCCUCUAUUCCUUUUCUGCAUAAAUUCCAUAAAUUCCCCGUGUUUCCUUGCUAUAAAAACCAUCGUUACGAUUUUCCCACAUUUUAUGUCUAAAAAUUUCACACGUUCAAUCGAUUCGAUGUUUUCUUGUUCCUCUUCUCAAAUUCCAUGAUUUCUAGGUUAGAAUAACUUGGAAACAGAAAACAGCUGUUGUUGAUUUUUUCGAAAACCGAACAAAAAAAUUGGCAAUCGAACAUCUGUGUGUGUGUUCCAAAGCUCAUUUAUCCGUGAUCAAGCAUUCUAUUAUCCGUCUCCCUCUUUUUCACAGCCUCCCUUGAUUUUUUUUGGUUUGGCAAUCGAUGAACCAGAAAUAAAUGCGCGAUGAACAACACUUCUUUAUGGUUUUCUGUUUCGUGUGGAAAAUAACAAGCGAAAAAUGAGAGAGAGAAUAAUGUUGUUGAUAAGAGGAAGAAGAUAAAACAAAAAAAUAAUAGUGUUGAUGAGAAAUUGAAAUGGACAAGGUCCGGAAAUGAUGGAUUUGGUUUGGGUUUUCGAAGACGAUUGAUGGAUUUUGAAAUGAAAUUGAAUUGGCACCUGUUUUUUGUGAAUUGAGGGCAUUUGGAGCCUCUGCAUUUUUUUUUGAGAAUUUUUGGGCUUUUCGAAUUUUUCCUAGGCUAUGGAACAAGUUUUUUUCAGUUGUGGCUUCAGCUUUCUCUGAAGAUUUUUCUAUAGCCGAAAUUAGGCCCUUCUGAAGGUAUUUUCAGUCCAAAAUGCCGUGUUUUUCGAAGUUUUAAGAUGGACGUUCAGUUUUCCAUUGAAAAUGAGCCAAAGUUAUUAGAUCCGAACAUUCUCGCGUGACAGAAUCUCGUGAUCAUUUCUAGAAAUUCGGCAAGUUUUUUUCUAUCCUAAUUGUUUUGGUUCUCACGUAAAUUACGCUUUUCCACACACAAAAAUUCCAUUCCACUGCACAUUCCAUUUUUCUUGCCGUUUUAUUGCAUCAAGUGAAGCAGCAGACGAUUCCACUUGACCACCAACCCAAAAGUCAGUCAGUAAUGCACAUUUCCCCCCUAUUUUCUUCAUCCUUUUGUCUUUGUCCCAACUAAUCAAACGAACAUAAGAAGAAUGAGAAAAAAAGAAAUAGAGUUUCGAAUUUCUAUGUUUUGUCGUCAUCUAAUAGAAAAAAGCAGUAAAGAUGCUGGAUGCUUUGGAUGCAAAAGCUAUCUAUUUUUAUGGCACCAAAAAGUCGCCGGAUGUCUUGUUUCGUGUUUGGAAGCUAAGAAGAGACGAGAUUGAUUGCCCUUUUUUGAGAUGCGGCCGUUGUGACACAAGAUUUUUGAACAUUUUUGCGUUUUUUGCAAGAAAAUAUACAUUUUUAGAUGGUGAACUGAAUUAUUUUUACUGGGAUGUACAUCGUUUGCCCAACCUAGCCCCAAAUAAUUUUACAUGGUAAUAUAUCAAAAAUUCCCACCACACACACACUGGGAAAAUAGGAACAUGAUAAAUCGAUGUGACACAAUUUGAAUAUUCCUGUCAGUUUGUAUUUAUUUUUUCGUGUGUUUGUAGGUAAACAAAGACAAUAUUUUUUUCGAAAAAUAUGGAACACUUGGAGAAAAACAGUUGUUGGAAAUGAUGAUGAAAUGAAAAAUGUUGCGUUUGUUUGGAGAAAAAUGGGACCGGGAUUUAAACAUUGAAAAUAGGAAAAAACGCUGGAAAUUUGAAAGAAACAAUUUUUAUGCGGAAUGUUCUGGGAGAGCUACUUGAACCAAAAAAAUUCAAAGAUUCUAGUUUGAUGUGAAAGUUUCAGGUUUGAAAAUUUGAAUUUCAACUUCUGGCGUCAAAUUUAAAAAUAAAAAAAAAUUUUUUUUCCCAAAUCUUUAAAGUUUUGAGAUCCAAAAAAUUCGAGCUCGCCAAUUUCAUGAAUAUUAUAGAAACCAAUUCACUGACAAUGAAUUCUUAAAAAUUCCCAAAAACUGAGUCACGUUCUAAAACACCCACAAAGUACACAACAAUUAUUAAUUAAUAUUUUUAAAUGUAUUUAUUUGUUAUUUUUUCAGUGACUCAUAUGCCACCAACUGAACAAUAUGUGAAUCAAAGUUCUCCAAUUGCCCUUCAGGGACAUCAACAUAAAUUACACUGCUUCUUCUCUGGAUAGUGAGUUUUUUCAUCUUUUUCGAAAAAAAGAAUUUGACACAAUUCUACCCAAAAAAACUCUUUUUGGCCGCCAGUCGAAAUGUUUCAUAAAUAUAUGAUUAGAGAGCUCUGUCCGACUUUUUCCUUCCUUUUUUCCCAAAAAAAAAUGUUGUGGUCAGCAAUAGAAAAAAGGCGUUCGCUUUUUUGGAUGGUGCCAGGUUCCUCAAGUCGCCGCGCGAAUGUUUUUAGCUGCCUUUUCUUGAAAGUUUUGAAGCGGCCGGCUAUUUGUGAUGUUAUUAUUGUUUUGAGCUGUUAGAACUAGGAUGAUAGAGGAUUAGUUAGAAGAAGAAGGGAGAAGGAGAAUUAUUUCCAUGACAACAUUAGGGGUCUGGAAAAGAAAAAAGAAGGAAAAAAGGAGAACAGGUGUUGCAAACUCAUGAAUAUAUUAUUUGAAAAGUGCAUGAAAUAUUAUUGGGGUGGAUAGAAUUUUUGACUUAUUGAGGUCUUGUUUAUACCAGGGGACCUAAUAAUUAUAAUAAUUUUCGGAAAAUCUGGAAGCUUCUGGCAAGAAGACUGUAGAUUUCAGGCUCAUAUUUCCCUACUGUGAAAUUUUCCUUAUAAAUUACGAAAUGACUUAUAAUCUAUAAAAAUUGCCAUUUAUCGAAAUAUUUUUCUUUAGUUUUUAUUAUCUCAUAAGUAACUAGUUUCUCCUUCUCACUUUUUCUACUCUACUUUUUGUUAUGUUUUUGUUUAAUAACAUGAGCAAGAGGUUAUUAUUAACAACCCAACAUAUUCGAAUAAUUGUAACAGAUGACCGAACAAAUGGCCGAUAGACGGCACACUUUUUUGAUGUUUUUUGAACCGUAAUUAGAAUUUUGGCAGGAAAGAGGAAAGGGAUUAGAAAAGGGGAGAUGAUGGGAUUUUUUGGGAAAUGGAGGAAAUAUGGAAAAAGUCUGGAAUACAAAUAAGAGAAUGUCUAUUGAAACUAUAAUCAAAAAAUCCUGAACUCGAAAAAAAUUGAUUUUUUUGCAGCCCUGCACCAAAACCACGUUGGUAUCAUAAUGGUCGACAAAUUGGAGAAGAUGAUGAAAAUGGCUUCAAAUUCGAAUCAUUUGGAAAAACUUUGGUAUUCAAUGUGACUCAGGACAAGGCCGGAAAAUAUGAUUGUCGAUUCUCAACACAGAAUGAUAUUGACAGACAAUUCAAUGUUAUUGUUGAAGGUGCGUUUUUGAAUAUUGAAAUUGAAAAUUUGAAUGGCUCAAAACAAGUUGAAGCAAUUAUGGUUCAAAAUGAAAUAUAAUUUCGGUGUAAAUGUGCUACAGAAAAUUGAGAAAUAAAACAAAAUCAAUGAGUUUUUUUCGUGCGAAAUUUUCGGUUCUGAGUAUCUGAGUGGUUUCUAAGCCUAAAAACCUUGUCUAUGGCUUGAAACUAUUUCAAUUUUCUUAAAAUUAUCAAAGUUCCCUCUUAUCCUAGUCAAAAAUACAUUUCAGCCGCUCCUUAUUGGCCUGAUGGACCUCCACCAAAUACAAAUACAAGUGAAGGAGAAACUGUGACAUUUGAUUGUACGACUUAUGGAAAACCAGCACCGAAAGUUACUUUUUACAAGAAUGGAGUUGGUGAGUUGUUUUUUUUUUUUUUUUAAAUUGAAACUGGUAUUUCAAUAAUAAUUUUCUUCUGAAAAUCGUGAAAUUUCUAGCCAAAAAAGUGAUCGUGUUUCAGAAUUGAAAGAUGAAAAAGACAACAAAUGGCUCGUUGAUGGAACAAAAUUGACGAUUUAUGAUGUGAAAAAAGGUCUAAAUGGACGUGGUGAUAAUGCAGUUUAUCAAUGUAAAUCCGAAAAUAAGCACGGUUAUCUAUGGACAAAUUUCUAUUUGAAUCUUCUCGCUUUCAAACCGCAAUUAUUGAUUGAACCAGGAACCGAAGAAGUUGAGGCGGUCUCAGGAAAAUCUGUCACUUUGGAAUGUAAAUUUUUCGCUAGUCCAAAUGCAAUUGUUACUUGGGAAUCGCCUCUUUUGGCUGGAACACCGCAUACAGUUGUACCUGCGAAUGCAUAUGGUGUCGGAAAAUUGAUAAUUACUUCGGUUGACAAAAAAUCGGAAGGAGAAUAUAAAUGUGUUGGAUCGAAUAAGUAUGGACAAACUGAGGGAACUAUCGAAUUGUCGGUCAGAAGUGAGUGAACAUUUUUGGGUUUUGGAUAUUUUCUGAUUAUUUUUCGGAUUUGAAACUUUGAAGAAUAAUAAUAAUAAUGUUGUUUGAACCAUUUAGGAAACCCCAAACCAUUCGGAAAAGAGAAAUUCAAAGAAAUAUAUGUUUUUUUUUCAAAAAAUAAAAAUUUUCUCAAUUUUCAGAACCAACCACAAUCGAACCAUUUGCUCGAGCUGAAGAUGUUCGAAUGGCCGGUGAAGAUAUCACAUUACCGUGUAGUGCAACCACAGAUGAACACCUUGAUGUGAAAUAUGAAUGGCAUGUUGAUGGACUUCCAAUCGAUGAAAAUGUAAAUCCUGGACAUUAUAAAGUUCAAGAUGAUCAUUCUUUGGUUGUUUACAAACCAACUCAAUAUGAUAGUGCAAAAUAUAAAUGUAUUGUUAGUACGAAAUUGGACAAAGUUGAGAAGGAGGUUAAGAUUCAGAUUAAAGGUGAGUAUUUUUAUUGUUGUUAGGUAGGGGAUUCAAAUGAUGACGGUUGGAUAGUUUUCAUGUCGGAUUGAAUUGAAAAAUAAAGACUUCUUCUAGAUGUUCCGGUGCCUGUUCAUUCUGCUUAUGUAUCAAAUUGUGAUCCGAAUUCAUUAUCGGCGGAAAUUGCCUUUGAACACAUUGAAAAUGCAAAUAUCAUCUCGCCAGUCAAAGAAUUUUGGGUGCAAUAUCAGAUGGAUUCGGAAACUGAAGGAUCUCAAUGGAGAACUCAUCCAGUUCCAGUCGAAGCUCAUCCAAAUGAUCAAAUUGAAGGAGAUUUGAGAACUGUUCGAGGAAAAGCCACUGUUGCUCUACAACCUUUUGGACAAUAUGUGUUCCGUGUUUUGGCGAGAAAUGCGGUUGGUGAUAGUGCUGCCACGAAAGUCAAAGAUCAAUGUAAUACUCCGGCCAAGAAACCUGAUCGUAAUCCUGGAGAAGUUGCUGCGAAAGGAACGAGUCCCGAAAAUUUGAUGGUUGAAUGGAAACCGAUGGAACGCGAUGAGUGGAAUGGGGCCGAUUUUCAUUAUGUUGUGAAGUAAGUUUUUUUGAUUUCUGAUUUCUAAUUUUUACAAAAUGGGUGAUUUUUUCCACAAAAACUCAGUUUUGAAAGAUUUUUCGCAAGUCUAUAUUGAAAAAUUAAUAGUUUCUCCCUGUUUGAAAAUUUCCACGAACAUAAUCUGUUAAUUUCUAGAUAUCGCCCAAAAGAAGAUGGUCAAGGAGUCGGAGAUUGGAAAGAAAUCUCAGUGGCUGAUCCAUUUGCCGAUCGUGUUACAAUCAAUCUCGAUGAUGACAAAGACGCCAAACCAUUCCAACCUUACGAAGUUCAAGUUCAAGCUGUCAACAAUGAAGGAAAAGCGAAUAUUGUGCCAGAAACUGUUGAAGGUCGAACUGGAGAAGGAGUUCCAUCAAGUAUUCCGAUGGGUUUGAAAGUGUUGGAGAAAUCCGGAACAACUGUAACACUCGCCUGGACUCCUGUUGAUCCAGCCACUGCCAAUGGUAAUUUCACCGGAUAUAAAUUGACAUAUUGGGUUGAUUCGGAAGAUGAAGAAGAAGAAAGUGAAGAUGGAAAUGGAGAAGAAUCAACGAUGAGAUGGAAAAGACAUAUUCGAGUAAAAAGAUAUGCGGCUGAACGAAAAACUGUGGUAUUUGGACCGAAUGCGAGUCAAGGAACAAUCACUGAUUUGAAACCUGACACAUUGAACCAUGCCUAUAUUCAAGUGACAAAUGGAGCACAUGAAGGUGCAGCUAGUGAUAUUAUUGAUUUCCAAACGGAUGAAGGAGUUCCAAGUCCAGUUAGAUCUUUCCGUGCCUAUCCAAUUAAUAAUAAUGAGGAUGGAGAAAAGGGAGUUGUUGCACUAUCUUGGAAGAAACCUAGACAACCAAAUGGAAAAUUGACACGAUAUGAAGUGGAGAUUUGCAAGACACAAAAUGGAAGGAUUAUUGAGAAUCCGUGUCCGAGAAAAGUUGUUGAGGCGGAUGCUAGUGAGGUAGGAAUUUUGGGGAGAAGUGGGUUUUGGGAGAGCACAAAAAAUCAGGAAGCGGAGCUUAUCACUAGAAGAUUCUCAGGAAUUCAAGGUUUUUUAAGAAAAUUAAAAAAUUCACGAUUUUUUAUCUAAAAUCAAAAUCUAACGCAUCUCAUAAUUUUGAACUGUUUUUUUGAGAAAGGCUUUGAAAAUAAAUUUUAAAAAAUCCUACAAAUUCAAAAAUAUUGCUUCCCCUUUUUCAAUAUUCCUCUAUUUUCCGUAGUAUUUUUUUAAUAAUAAAAAAUAGUGGCGAAAAUCCCCAAUUUAUUGAAAUCUAGUAUUUUUUAUUAAAAUUUUAUAUGUUUUCCCCCAUAAAAAUAAAAUUCCAUCACAAAUAUUGCAGGUUCGACUCACCGGUUUGGACAAUGAUCAACCAUAUCGAUUUGUUUUGCGCGCUCAAACUUCAGCCGGCGACGGAGAUCCGAAUUCGGCCGAUGCGACAACACUUUCUGAAGUUUCGGCUGUUGGAGGUGAGGUUUUUUGAGAGGGAAAUUUUUUGAGCGAAAAUUGAGCUUGAAUAUUUUGAGACCAAAAAAAUUUUGACUAGAAAUCUAGAUUUACGAAAAAAAAAUUUAAUUGAAAGAUUUACGUUAGAUAAGAGCUCUACCCGAUUGUGCAAAUGUUGGAAAACCUUCUAAUUUUGAGUUUUAGUUAUAGAAUUUCCUGGAAAUCAAAUGAUUUUAAUUCUAAUCUCUGAAAUUCCUGAACAAUCUGAGGCUGAAUGUCUUUUCAUGGUCGUAUAUUCCUCCCAGAUUUUUAUCACGAAAUUUUUUCACCAAAAUUUUGAUUUAAAAUCGGAGCUUCAACCAACAUUUUUGAGCAAAUAGCUGUUUUGAAAUUAUGAAUGAAAUAACUCACAAUAGAUUCAUCGAGUCAAGUCAGGUUGAGUGAAUUCAAGUUGUAAGUAAGUAUUUAGAAAAAAUGAGAAAAUUGCUCUAUUCAAUGAGCCUGAAGCACAAAAAGUGUGUGUGUGCAUAGGGAUGAGAAAAUUGGAAGGAGAGGGGCGGAGCCAAGGGCUCAGCUGCACUAUUUUUGUUCAGGGCUCACUUUUUUUGUCGUCUUCUUCUUCUCCUUUUUUUCACUCUCGUUAAAGUACUAUUUUUAUUUUGUUUCAUUUUAUUUUUAUUUUUCACACAUUCACAGAUAGAAAUAGUUUCACUUUCACGAGAGAAUAGGAGAAAACGGAGAAGAUUUAGUCUAUAUUCAAAAAUAUGAAAUUAGUAUUGUUUUUGCAUAUUUUACUAGUUUUUGUAUAUUCGAAAAAGUGUGAGUUCUUUUUUUUGUUGAAAAAUGUGCAAAAAAGUUGUAUAAUUUAUUUAUGUGCAACAAUUUUCGAGCAGCCGUCCCCUUUUUAAUCCUUCUUGCCUGCCACUCACUUUUUUUUUAUUUUCAAAUCGAUACUCAUUUUUUUGGAGCGACGUUUUCUUUAAUUUCGCGCCCUAUACGAAGAAACCCUGCAAGAAACCGCCCGAGAAAAAAAAAAGACCAAAAAAAAAUGAAGAGCACUUCUGGUGCAUUUUUUAUUAGAUAAAUUUGAAUGAAAGAAUGUGGGUUAAUUUGAUUUUGGUUUCUUUUUUUGAAAUGGCAGGCAGGCAAGGAUUACUGUUGGUUUUGGAAUCUCUUGAGAAUUAUACAAGGGAAAUUGAUAGGUUUUAGACGAAGUGGUUGCAUUGUUUUUUGUUGAGGAACACUCAUUGCAAAUAGGAAAUGGAAAAAAAAUGAACACAUGUAGGAAUGAAAUGAAAAAGAGAAGAUUGGUGGAUUUUUACGUUAGAAAUUGAUGUGUUUUAUACUAUUUUAUGACUAAUAUUGCUGUAGGAAAACUGAGUGGCAAAGUUUGAUUUUAAAAAAAAGUUUUAAAAAAUUGGAUCGAUUCCGCUCGAAAGUAUUAUGACGUGGGAAAUUUUCUGUUGACAACCACUAAAUUUUGAAAAUAUUCAACCGAAAUAUUGAGUAGAGAAAAUAUACUCGAACUAAUACAGUACAUGAAAUAAAAUUGUAGUUUUUACGAAUUUUCUGGAAAUUAUUUUUAAAAAUUGUACGCCAAAUUGUUUGUUUCAACAUUUCUCUAAAAAAUUUUUGACAAUUUUUCUUUGCUACACAAAAAAUCAGCAAAAGAAAGAAAAAAUGACCAUUAUGUUUCUCAAAAAUAUUCCCAGAAAUAUCAAUUUACACAAAGUUCACAUAUGGUCUAGUAUCCUGUCUCACUUUUCCGUAAUAUUUGCUUCGGCUCAAUUACUGCUCGCUAUGCUCAAAUAAUAUAAUUAGACGUUUUUUGCACAAUCAAAUAUUCCAAUCUUUUUUCACCUGGCAUAUUUAGCAGCUGCCCAUUUUUAGCAUAAGAAAAUAUACAGAAAUCCAAAAAAAAAAUAAACUUAUGAAUGUGAAUUUUUCAGUUGGACCAGCGGCACCGGAAUUGAAGACGGCUGGAAUUGGAAAGGAUCAUUUCAAUGUGACAAUUGUUCCUGGAACACCUGCUGAAAAUACGGAUCCGGUUGGAAAUUCAUUUGGAAUUGAAUAUCAAAAAACUGGGGAUGAUCAAUGGACGAAAUUGGCACCAAAUAACACAUUGAAUGCACAAGUUAGCGGGCUUGACGAGGGAACAACUUAUCAAGUUCGAGGAGUUGCUUAUCAGAAACAAGAAGAAGGCGAUGAGCCAAUCACGAGCUACUCGAAUCCAGUAUCGAUUCGAACCAAAGGAUCUGGAUCCUUCUUGCCGGCCUUCAAUCGAUUCCCAUGGUGGAUUCUAUUGAUAUUGCUCAUCUUACUCCUAUUAUUGCUCAUUUGUUGUAUUUUGUGUGUUUUGUUGCGACAUCGCGGUGAGAAUUAUCCUGUAUCGCAAAGAGAACGAGAACAGGGACGCGAACCGAUUUUGAGCAAAAAAGAUUUGUGAGUUUUGGCGGGGUUUUUUUUAAUGUUUGGGUUGUUAGACUUAUCCUAGUUUCAUGCCUAUCCAAAACUAUAUAAAAUUCAAUUUCCCAGCGAAAACCAUAUUUUUUUUUCCAGUGAUGACGAUGAAAAACGAUCAUUAACCGGCUCAAAGGCUGAAUCUGAAACGGACAGUAUGGCCCAAUAUGGAGAUACAGAUCCUGGUGUUUUCACCGAAGAUGGAUCUUUUAUUGGUAAGAUUUUUCAAAAUUCAAACUAUUUACAUAUUUAAUAAUUCUUCAGGACAAUACGUACCGCAAAAGACAUUAAUGCCUGCUGAAAAACCUGAAAAGGGAUCAACAUCGACGUUCGUCUAA